AUGAACCGCAUGCAGUUGGCCACCCUCCUUGCCAUACGGGCAGGCAGCUAUUGCCAGAAAGAAAGCAUGAGUGGGCAGGAGACUACUCUGAAAGGCCAUUCCUAUCAAGGUGGCUUUGGAACCACAGUCGCCACCUCCGUGACAGAGAAUCGGGGCAGUAUGGAGCCAGGUUCUAGCCCUUGA